AUGGUAACGCGCACGCGCAACAAAAGUAAAGCGAUAGACAUUCACAACCAUAAUCCUCCUCGCAUAGACAAAAUGAAAAAGGUCGAUCCAGAAAUCCGCCAGUUUCUGGAUAUGGAAGCUCAAGUAGACGAAGGAGUCGAUUCGGAGGAAGAUGAAAGUGCGAGGGGGAAGGCUAGCUUCAUUGCGAUUUAUGUUCUCGUAUCGAUCUAUGCUGACGACGCCCUUCAGAUGUGUUCAUUGAUGACGGUGCGGCUAUGGAGGAUAGUCUAA